AUGAACAUGCCGUUGGAUGAAAACGAAACAAUCCAGUUCACGACAACAUUGUUCGCCCUCGUACGAACGUCACUGCAGAUCAGAAUGACGGGAAAUAUGAAUGCGAACGACACGAAAUUGAGAAAGAUGAUUACUCAAGAUUGGCCCAACAUUAUGCCACGAGUCCUCGAUAAAAUGAUUCCCAAACAAUCGGGUAAGAAGUGGGUAUACGUUAUUUCGCUGAUCUCGGAAUGACUAACCUGCUUGCCGCCUGGAAUUUCCAAGGGGGGAUAAUUAUCCCCCUUGGAAAUUCCAGGCGGCAAGCGGGCUACAAAAUGACAUUUCGUCAAAAAUUUUUUCUUCAAGAUUGGUUUAGAAACAAACUUGGAGUAGAGUUAGGUUACGAGUAGGGUUAGGAUUAGUGUUAGAUUACUGUUAGUAAAACUGUUGAUUGUUACGUUUUGUCACUCUGAGGCCAGCGAAAUAACCUGUUCCAAGUAGUUGGGGUGUGCUAAUGAUCCUUACUUGCAGCUGAGAGCUAAGCUGAAUUGUGAAGGACGCAGCUCAAACCUUAUCGACUUUCUAAGCUAGGUGCCUCUGGCAGCCAUCUUAUGACUUAUUUCUGAUCACUGGGCACAGCUACGGUGGAAGAGUCAGUAUAGGGGGUCAAUUCCUACCCACCCGUGGGAGAAAACCGGUGUACCUGGAGAAAACCCACGACUUUUGGUAGAACGUUCACUGACUCUUUUCACACAAGUGUCAUGAGUCCGCAGCAAGAAUCCAACCCACGUGAUCAACACUUAUUUCGAAUCAUGUUUCAGUGUUAAGUUGUCAUCAAAUGACGGUGGGCAAGAUCUACUGUGCUAAACUCAUGGUUGAAAACUACAGACAAAACAAGAGAAGAAAACAAUUUGACAUUCUGGAUGAUGAUGAAUUCAGAAGACAGGUACAGUUUUUUGGUAGUCAAGGAUGUUCUAAUUGUUCUAGCUAACCUUAUAAUUAUUCUAAUUGGAAUAUGUCCACCUUAUAGUUAUUCUAAUUGGAAUAUAUCCACCUUAUUUUUAUUCUAAUUGGAAUAUAUUUACAUUAUAGUUAUUCUAAUUGGAAUAUAUCCACCUUAUUUUUAUUCUAAUUGGAAUAUAUUUACAUUAUAGUUAUUCUAAUUGGAAUAUAUCCACCUUAUUUUUAUUCUAAUUGGAAUAUAUUUACAUUAUAGUUAUUCUAAUUGGAAUAUAUCCACCUUAUUUUUAUUCUAAGUGGAAUAUAUUUACAUUAUAGUUAUUCUAAUUGGAAUAUAUCCACCUUAUUUUUAUUCUAAUUGGAAUAUAUCUACAUUAUAGUUAUUCUAAUUGGAAUAUAUCUGUAGAAAUGAAACUGUGAUCUAAGAGCUCAUUAAAGUAAUUCACCUUUUUUUAACAGAGACCAGAGUCAAUAUUCAAACGUCUCGUUGGCUCAAUGACACGAAGCAUGCGACAGAGGCGCGCGUCAAGUAUCAACGGCCUGGUACCUAGUGAAGAAACUCCAGACGGACGCGAUAAAGCUUAUCUCAGACAACACAGGUAUGUGAUAUUUACUUUUUAAUAAAAAAAUAUGUAGGCAUCCAGUAUAAAUAAGUUGCCGAAAUUUUAUCUGAUAUGUAAUAUUAUCACAAGUGAUAGAAACUCGAACGGUCUUUGCAGGCGAAGCACAGAUAGACAUAGUAGUACAUUCUGGAGUGUAGCUUACUCUGUAGCAAACUCUGAGCCUACGAACGUCCUGACGAAAGGCCUUCAGCGUCGAAAUUUUAUUUGUAUUUUUCGAGUAUAUUUGAAUCUCUAUCCAUCUGCAAUUUUCUCACAAAUAUUUUGACUACGUGUAACGCCCGUAGCGUAAUCUAUACAAUAUUAUCAACUGAUAACGUCUGUGUAAUUUCAAAUGUUAUUUGUUCAGCACAUAAUCUUAUCAGCUGUUAAUUGACUUUCCGUCAUGAAACUCUUGCUUCGCGUGCUUGUCUCACUUUCCUAUACUUGUAGUUUUUGAACAUUUCAAAGUUUACGCGAUAUUUUAUUGACAUUGAUUGUCAAAGCAUUUGUAUUUUAUUGUCGAUAAUAACAUUUGUGGUGAUUAUAUCACUGUUAUUCAGCCCAUUUUUCUCAUUAGUAACUUUUCUAUCGAUCGAGGAAUACUUUUACUCUUUAUAGAACUUUAUAAAGAUUAUAUAUAGCUUUAUAAAAUUAGACAAAAAAUAAAAACAUUCAUUUUUUUGUAGCAUAUAUAUGUAUUUUGUAUACGGAGUUUAAUUAAGAAAUGUGUAUAAAUAAUGCAUACUUUUGUGGUUGUCAAAGAGUAAGUAUACGUUUGCAAAGCCAUCUGUCCUUCGUUUGCCUGAAGAAUCUGUGGUCUAUAUAUAGCACAACCAUUGUUCGGAUUGCUUGUCGUUGUUCGUCGUCGUUGUCCGUUCGUCGUCGUUGUCCACUCGUCAUAAUAUAUUUCUCAACAUUAAUGAUGCAGAGCAACACUUGAUUAAUAACUACAACAACAUUUUUUCACAAUCGUGAAAACUCGAAGUUUUAUUUAAGUUUAUCUCACACUUUAAGUUUGAGCCAAGAAGGCUUAAUCAGGAACUUGAAAUGGGUUUGAUUCGCACUCUCGGGAGAAUACUCUCACCUGGGGCGAGCCUACGGUGAACUUGGAAAAAUCAUUUUUAAGACCCACUUUAUGGUAGACUGUUAAUGAGAUUGAAAAUUGUGUCUACAAACCUGAUAAACCGACUAAACUGUGUAUAGUUAUAAUGUUUUGAAAUUUAACUGUUGUGCAUUCAUUGUGGUGUGAUCACAACUUAAUGGUUGACUUAUUGUUUCAAAAUGUCCGACCAAUUUAGCAUUUGUAAUUUAGCAGACUGUAAUUUAGCAGACUGUAAUUUGGUCGAAAAAGCAACUGAUGUUUUUGACUCUGGUGUAUACUUAAUCAGUUUUAAUCACACAUGAGAAAGCGUAUCCUAUAUGCUUAAUGUUUAUUCAUUUUUGGUCUCCGCCAACCACAAUUGUUGCAACUAUUAUAUUAAUCAUCUUGUAAUGUUUGAAAAAUAUAAACUUUACUGCCGGAAGCAUUUAAUUCAAUCCCAAUGAUCUCGUAUGUAAUAAAGUUCAUUCCAUUUUAUUUUUUUCUACCCACGUUUUUUUUUAAAUUACAAAGUAAUUGAAAAUUCGUUUUAACUAAUGUAUAUAGUCACAAAAUCCAAUUUCUAGUAAUAAUUCAUGAGAUUUCAUCAAGCUUUCUAAAAACAAUAAAAGUUAUUAGAUCCAUAGAGGGCAGAUGUUCCAUGUGGGAAGUACUUUAACUUUCAAAAUUAAAAAAUAUUGUUCAUCUUAGGCUUCAAAUAAUUUUCAGGUCGAAACUAGAACGUUCGUAUAAAUAAAUGAAUACUAUCAAGUUGAAAAUUGAGGUGUAUUUGAGCGCAAAGUGAUCAAUUGUAUCGUGUAGCUGUAACCUAAAACAUCUAUUUGACAAGUAUUCAACUAUUAUAUGCAUAUAUUUGGAGCCUAACAUCAGCUGAUAGCGUUUUGUCGCUGUGGAAACAGGGGAUGAAUUAUUAGUUUCGUUGCAUACAGACAUGUUGAAGAUGUGUCUCCCUUUGGCAAAACUUAAAUUGUUUAAAAGGUAUAGCUUUAUGACCAUCACUGAACCUUUAUGGCAAUCGCUGUGUCAAGUAACGUUGUUUUGUAUAUAUAAAGGGAAAAUUACUGGCGCUUUUGCAGCUGUGCUUUCGAUGAUUUGUGAACAGAGUAAACAGUUUUGGUCUAACCAGAUUUCAAUUCAAUAGAGUAUAUAGUCUUAUAGAUGCUAUUGUAUUCUAUUUAUUAUUUUAGCGAUAUUUUAGUCUUACAUUUUGCAACCACAUUUAGCCCACAUUGUGUGGCUGUCGGCAGUAUUUCAAGACACCUAAUUAUAUCCACAACGCUGUACAUUAUUUGAUAAGAAGUUGUUAUUUCACGACAGGAAGAAGAAUGUCUUGUGUUGCCUCGCACUUUAAGUGGAAAUAUAAGAAAUAUCUAAAACUUUACAUUGAAUAUAUUUUUGUUAAUUUUAUCUAGCGAGUCUCUAACAAUGGAAGACUUGAAGCGCAGUUCAUCGUGUCAUAACUUUAGUUCAGAAAAGGUAUGUGUAUCACGAAGUAAACUAAUUCUAUUACUUCUAUUUAUACUGGAUAGCUAGCUCUCAAUUCAAAAUAGUAAUUUAAAAACUAACAUGGUAAUGUAUAUAUAUAUAAUCUAACUUUUCACUUUUAGUUCAACAAUAACCCAGUCUAAUUUCAUAAAUUUCAUACCGCAUUAAAAUGAUAAUAUACUAACGAUUGGAAUGAGCAAUAUAAAGAUACUACAAAGCACUAUUUGUUGUGCAGACAUUUAUCUAAACUUUUUUGUAAGAUUUUUAUGUGAUAAGUUCUCUCAGUAGUAUAUAUUCACCUAUAAUAUUCAUUCGAAAUUCUCACGCGUAACUAUAAAAUUAAAUCCACUUAAAGUAAUGCGUAAAAUAUAAACAUCAUGUAAACUAACUUUAAUUUCAGGCUAAACGACGCCAAGAACUAAACUCCAGUCCUCUUAUAAAACACGCGGUCAGGCCAACACUCUCCGCAUCAUCCUUGCCCCAGACCUCUCACCGUAAACAUAAAAUCUCGACUGCGAUGAGUCUUCCUUUAACAACUGUCUUCAACGAAGAUAAAGAUGAGAGAUUAAACCAUGGUAAAUCAUUUUAAAAUAUUAAAUUUUUAAACUUCUGCCACGAUUGAAAUCCACGGUUAUUAAAACAACAAAACAUGGCCGCAACAGGUUUGUAACACAAGCUAAAUAACAUUUUAAUACUGAACUUACACGCGUCAAAGGCGAUCAGUCAUGGUCGUGACGUCAUCUAGCCAUAACCAAAUUUGAACAUAAACGCAUUAUUGCAAAGCAACUUGGAUUUUAAUGAUGAGCGCUCAACUCAGUUUUGAAUAUGCAUGGCUAAUAACCGAAAAUUAAAAUUCACUAAAUUUGACUUGUUGCCUAUACAGCGAAUUGUUUUAAUUUGAACCAUUGCUUUUUCACCCUAAAUAGUUUUCAUCCUGUACGUGACGGACACUAGGAGGGGGCAGAGGGAUUUCUGAAAGCAUUUGAAUGAUAGCUAAAUAACUGUUAACGAAGCUGUAACAAUAAUUUUUCAACCAUCAAACUAAGCAUCGGUAGGCUAUAAAUUAAGCUAUGUAUUGCAUGAAAUUUGCGGCAAAAAGGUUUAAAGGACUAAAAUUUUAUGCAACAAAAGGUGGUCACAUCUUGACAGCCUAAUCCUCCCACCCCCAAUAUUUCACGAAAUGUCGGCCACUGUUUUUCUCAUGCAGUUAUUAAUGUAUCGUGAUUUUAUUUUUGUUUCCUAUUUUCCAGUUCCUGGCAGUUCCAAACAUGAGGAAACAGCAAAGGUCCAUAUCAGCUCAACACAUACAUCACGAAAUAGAUACAAACCUAAACUGAAACAGACACCAAGUAUUGUGAUCAACUCUCCUCCGAGUAGUGAGAGGCGAGCUGUCAACCACGCUGACAUUUACGUAGAGGAAUCCUUGACACAAGGAAAAAAUGUGGGGGAAUUUAUGCCAGACAGAGACGGCAGAAUUUCUCCUUUUAGCAAAGAAUCAGGCAAUAAAGAGACACCACGGGUUUUACAACAACAGAAUAAAGAUUUAUCUAUGCAAUUUAUACCCAAUAAAGGGAGGGAGUCGUACUUUCCGAGUGAAAAACAGGAGAAUUUGUACGAAUAUGAAAUAUAUGCAGACAAUGUAAAUAGAAAAUCACCAAAUCAAAUGAAUUUAACUGAAAAUUAUCGUGGUUUACAAAGACACGGAGCUCACGGUCUUGGAACACGGAAUGUUGAUAUUGGAGCACGCAAUGUUGAUACUGGAGCACGCAAUAUUAGUCCUGGAGCACGAAUUGUUAGUCCAGGGGCACGAAAUGUUGACCCAAGAACACGCAAAUUAAGUGCGGAAGCACGGAAUUUAAGCCCAGGAGCACGUAAUGUAGAACAGAGCUCAUCAUCUGACGAAGAGAGAGGUAACAAAACAAACUCCCAGGGUGUCAGAAUGUCACCAAGCAUAUUUUCUGAACGCAUUGAUAACCCAGAAGGAUUUCAAAGACCUAGACCUAAAUAUAUAAGCCAGGAUGGUACUGACGGUAGUAGUUUAUACAGAGUUAGAAACAAUGUGUCACCAGGUCAAAACAGCACAAACAAACAAACAUCACGUCAAAUACCAAGGCAAAGUCAAUCCGAAAGUAAUCUAAAGUCAAAAGGUAUGCCGGAUAGGACAUUGUACCCGGUAGUAAAGACGUUCUCGGAUCCAGUCAGCAUUCAAGCUAGUCAGACGCGCAUUGAACCGAGGGAUUCAAAGUUUUCUUCUGAAACAAGUUUGGUAGCCAAUAAUGCUUUUGGCAUGGAGAAAAAGAGUCCUGAGAGUGCUUUGGAUAGGAAUGAGAGGCAGAGUCCUAGGACUAGAGGGAAUAGUCCGUUUUCAAGAAGACGAGGGAACAAAGAUCUUGAAAUAGACAGAGAACAAGACACGUCUCCGCUCGUAAGUAGAGAACUAGACAGACAAGGUUAUGAGGACAAGCAUAAUAGAGCUACUUUUCAAGCUGAUAGAAGCAAAGGACAGCCAAAGACGGGCUUUAAUGAAGCACCACUUGAAAUGGGGAAACAUCCUUACGAAGCAAAGCGCACUAAAGACGGGUUACUAGCUGAUAGGAACACACAAAACAGAGAGACGUUACCAUCUGAAAAGAGCUCGAACAGGGGACGCACGAACAAUUCAUUUCAAGCUGAUAAAGGCACAAGUGAAGUUUCAGCUCAUAAAGACACAAAUAUAGGAGAAACCCAGGCUGAAAGACCACAAAGUGAAAUUUUUGGUGGUCUCUUAGGCGAGACAGACACUAGCCAUUCGGCUGAAUAUUAUGAUCGAAUGAUCAGUAAAAUUAACGAACAGAUUAAUCUGGCUGUGAGUAGGAACAAAAGUCCUUAUGCUCUUUAUGGCCUGGGCUCGGAUGACGAUGAUGAUUGGUGCUAA